GCUUUACCGCCACGUCCCAAGAUUGUCGAGACGGACAUAACGGAGUCUUUCUUGAAAGGCUCGGGACCGGGCGGGCAAAAGAUCAACAAGACCUCAUCCGCAGUACAGAUCAAGCAUAUCCCUACAGGUAUCGUUGUCAAGAGUCAGGAGACUCGUAGCCGCGAACUGAACCGGAAGUUUGCAAGGCAGCUUCUGGCAGAGAAGCUCGAUCAGCUGGAGAACGGCGAUCAGAGUCGGACUGCGAUCAAAACUGGGCGGGCGCGGGCGAAGAAGGCUAGCGCGAGCAAGAAAGCAAGGCGAAAGUAUAAGAAGUUGGCAGAGGAACAGGAGGGC